GAAGAAUUCAGGAAAGACAUCUGUUUUACAUCAUCUAGCAGAAAACUUCAUCUUGCUGAUUACCACAGAUUAAUCCAGAUUACCACAGGACUGAAAAGCAGUUGGCUUCACAAGAAUUGUACUUCACAAGCUCUGGUUGAACAGUGAGUGCUCAUACUCUGUAAAAUUAACAUACGUUGAAAGUGACUUGUUUUGAAUUGACUUGCGAAACAGAACUAAUCCACCAUGGCACGCGAACAAGACUACUACACUAUCAUGUGUGGGCUGCAGGAGCUUGAUUUGCAAAUGAACGCAGUGCCCAGUGAUCUUGUACUGAUAGGUGAACAUGCCUUUCCACUUGUCAUGAAUCCAAGAGGUCAGGUGCUGAUGGCUGCAUCUUAUUACGGUCAAGGACGUGUGGUGGUGUUGGGACAUGAGCAAUACCUAACAAGCUUUCCCAGCCUCAUAAAGAAUGCCCUAAAGUGGCUCAUGCCAUGUUCUGGUGAUGCUGGCAUUGUAGGAAUUCAGAAGAGUUUACGUUCAGUAGCUGCAAACUUGAAUGACUGCCAUAUCAAGACAGAGCUAGGAGACUUUCGAAGUGGAUUAGCUGUUUAUAUCACAGAUGCUUACAGUGUUGAGAAUUGUGCAAAGGAUCUGAUUGCUUUCAUCAAAGCUGGGGGUGGCUUGAUUAUGGGUGGCCAGGCCUGGCAUUGGGCUGGAACCCACCCACAAGAAAACACUCUAAAGAAUUUCCCAGGAAACAAGGUGUGCAGCGUUGCAGGAAUUUACUUCUCGAAACGCUAUGGAGAAGUUGGCAUUUUUCCUGUUCCAAAACAAAUCCCUUAUAGUUGGCUUGCUUUAUCUGUAGGCAAGGACUUUAAGGAUGACCUACAGUUCCUGCUAGAAGGUGUGUCCGAGUUCAACAUCCAAGGUGAGGCUAUAGCAUCUGAGGUGAUGGUGCAUGGACCAUUAGCAUUUCCCAUUGCACUCACUCCAGCUGGAAAAGCAUUCAUUGCUGGUGCCUAUUAUGGGCAAGGUCGAAUUAUUCUGUUAUCACAUGAAAGCUACAUGGACCGGGACUCUCUGUCCACUUUCCUGAUCAACGCUAUCAAGUGGCUUGACGAAGAUCGCAAGGGUGUUAUUGGGAUACUACCCAGCCUAAAAGCAGCUCACACAGUACUGAGCAAAUCUGGUUUAGAUUGCCAGUUGACCGGUUUGAGAAAAGAUCUAAGCGUCUACGUUUGCACUUCAUACAGUGAUGCCCAAUGUGCAGAGAUCCAAGAAUUUGUUGCUGAAGGUGGAGGUCUUAUGAUUGGGGGUCAUGCUUGGUAUUAUGCCCAGACCCACUGUGGCUGCAAUGUGAUGACCGAUUACCCAGGAAAUCACAUUCUUAAUAAGAUGGGAUUGUCUCUCUUGGAGAACACUUUGAUUGGAGAGUUAUGUAAAGCCCCAGAAAUUGAGCAAAGUUGUAAAGAGGGGUACCACUUUUGUAACAUGCUGCAUCGGUUUGCUGAACAUGUAUACCUGGGGAAAGAACUGACUAAUCAUGAACAGAGCUGGUUGAAGCAGCUGGGCAAUGACUGUGCCAGUUACCUUCAAAUGCGAUGUCACAACAGCGCCGCCUAUACUUCAAUGGUAGUUCUUCUUAGUGACAUAGUGAAGAAGUUUGGUGUUCCACAAGUGUCUAGUAACAGCCCUGUUAAAAGUGCCAAAGACCGCCUGAUGCUCCACAUUGGGUCUGAGGUAUACAAAGUGUCACCUGAUCCUGAUGCCCUUCUUCCAUACAUCAUCAAGGACAGACCUAAGUUGCCCACUGUGUCUAAAGCAAGAGUUCGGAUCAGUGCCAAAACUGAAGGCUCUGAAGAAUGGAUAAGCACAGGCUUGUAUCUUUCUCCUGGUAUGAAGAUGAACAUAGCAGUACCUCGAGAGAUCAUUAGGAAAAAUUGGCAGGUCCAACUUGGUUGCCAAACAGAUAAUAUUGGUAGAGCAGAGGUUCUGAAACGGGCUCCUGUUGUCCAUGAGCGAUUCCCUUUGGAUGCAGAGAUGGUCCAAGUCUGCAAUCUAUGGGGAGGGCUCAUCUACAUAAUAGCACCUCCCCAAAGCAAUGUGGAUGGGGUAGAAUUUGUUGUGCAUGAUGCCGUACAGGCUCCAUACUUUAAGUCUGGAGAGACUAGUGUAGCUGACUGGGUGGACAGGAUCCGUCAGGCACCCGCCCCCUGGGCAGAGCUUGAGUUUGAGAACAUCAUCAUGGCAUUAGAAUCAGAAUUUAUAAGGAAUCUAGACCGCCCUGAUGAGGUGGCUAAACUUUGGGAUGCCAUAAUGAGAAGCAUAGCUGACCUGGCAGCAAAGCCUGGCAAGUUCCCCCGCAAGGAGCGGUUUGUUGCAGAUGUUCAGAUCUCUGCCGGUUUCAUGCAUUCUGGAUAUCCCAUAAUGAUGCACACCGUCUCGGCCACAGAACUUGUGAAUAUACAGGAAGCCUAUAAAAAUGGUCUUUGGGGACAAAUUCACGAGCUGGGUCAUAACCAACAGCGUAGCGUUUGGGAGUUCCGUCCGCACACCACUGAGUGCACAUGCAACCUGUGGUCACUGUAUGUACAUGAGAAAGUGCUGUGUUUGAACAGCUCUAAAGCUCAUCCAGAAUUAACUCCAGAAAACCGUCAGGCUCGUAUCAAAUCAUAUUGCGAUGGUGGUAAGGAUUUAAAAAACUGGAGCAUUUGGACAGCACUCGAGACUUACAUGCAGCUUCAGGAAAAAUUUGGCUGGGAUGCUUUCAAGAAGGUUUUUACUAUCUACCAUGACAUGGAUGGAGUGCCAGAUGACAAUGCAGAGAAGAUGAAUCUAUAUGCUGAAACCUUCUCUAAUGUGGUCAAAAUGAAUCUGUGCCCCUUCUUCAAAGCAUGGGGUUGGCCCAUCCAGCCUGGCACACAAAAGAAAAUCUCUCAUCUCCCUGAGUGGAGUGACCAUCCUAUGGUCCAGUAUGCAUAAAAACAUCUCAGAUAACUUUUAAAAAGUAUGUUUUGCCAGUUUUAAUGUAGCUAAUAAGAUUAAGUACAGAAGAUGAUAUAUGUUUCUUGUUUGAUAUUACAUAAUUUCUAUUCCAUAUUUUAUUCUCAUUUGAUUUAAUAAGCACAUAGCUAGCAAUUGAUUCAUAUCAAUGUAAAGCAUAGAAUGUGGCUUUCAUUUUAAAUAUUCUGAGCACUUGCUAUUAACUAAAGGUGGCUAUAGGCUAAGUGGGCUAAGAUUAAAUAAAACCAGAUGUAGCAUGAAUUUUACAUGCACAACAUUUCAUAAAUACAGGCAAAAUGUUUCAUAAAUACUAAAACCUGCAUGAAUUAUGUACUGCAAUUAAAAGUCAGUUCAACUGUAUGGCAUUGUAUUGGUGUAUCUCCCUUUCUUAUCCAAGAGAAUAAAUCAUAUAUAUUAUUCAAAAGACUCUGAA